GGGAUUUGAACCCGGGACCUCUCGCACCCUAAGCGAGAAUCAUACCCCUAGACCAACGAGCCAUAUGAUACCUACCUCUGACCAUGAGUUUGAAACUUUACUGUACAUGCCACGUUGCAUGGAUGUUGCUGUCCUCCUCUGAUCUUCAAAGCACCACUCUGGACAUUUCUGGUGAUUGAGCGACAUCUACAGACGCUUUGUUGUACUGCAAUACAGUAUGUUGCUGUUGAUGCACUCCAGUCCAGCAGGUGAUAGUGGUGUUCAUUUAGCUGACUUUAUUUCAUGUCUGUAGCUUUAAACAUCACACAGAAGGCUGUAGAGAACUCUUCCUGUUAUCUGACAUGUAGCUGAGGGAAAAAUAAAACAUAUUGCAUUUUGUUUCUGAGGUGUUUUGGCAUAUUUGAGACAGUUAUUGUUACACACUUACAAUUUAUAUGUCAUAGUAGCAUCCACUGAAUGUGGGAGAAGAAAACAGACAGAGUGUUUUUGCUGACUGGAUGCACAAGCUUGAUCAUUUGUGAGUAAGCUCUGCCUGGAGAUGAAACAGGAGCACCAGGAUCUCAUCCUGCAGGCGUGCGGUGCUUCAUCUCUGCGUGUCGGUGCAAAGAUCCAGACACUGUGGAGCGGUUAUGGUGAGAUAGUCCGGCUGCACCUGGAGGGCUGCGACCGCCCAUCUGUGGUCGUCAAACAUGUCAAGUUUCCAAAGGAGGCCAAGCAGCACCCCGGCGGCUGGAACACAGAUCGCUCCCACACACGUAAAGUGAGAUCCUACCAGGUGGAGACACACUGGUACCAGAACUAUUCCACCAAUCAGAGCUGCCGGACCCCUGCCUGCCUGGCUGCUUGUUCCCAUGGAGACGAGAUGCUGAUCGUGCUGGAGGAUCUGGAUGCGGCUGGUUAUGAUCAGAGAAGGACGAGCGUGAAGGACAGAGAAGUAAAGGCUUGUCUCAGCUGGCUUGCCCACUUCCAUGCUCUCUUCCUGGGUGUGGCUGCAGAGGGCCUGUGGCCGAUCGGCACCUACUGGCACCUGGAGACGCGGCCAGACGAGCUGGAGGCCAUGGACGACGCCGAGCUCAAAGCAGCAGCCGGCGACAUUGACAAGAUACUCAACGAGUGUCGCUUCAAGACCGUCGUUCAUGGAGACGCCAAGUUAGCCAACUUCUGUUUUUCCCAGAGUGGACGGGACGUGGCAGCUGUAGACUUCCAGUAUGUUGGUGGGGGCUGUGGGAUGAAAGAUGUUGUGUACUUUUUAGGAAGCUGCAUGGAGGAGAGGGAGUGUGAAAAGAAGGUACCAGCCCUACUGGACUACUAUUUCACAGAAUUAAAGCAAUCUGUGAAAAAAGAUGUGGACUUUGCUGCGCUGGAGAGAGAGUGGAGGGAAAUGUUUGCAUUUGCAUGGACAGAUUUUCAUCGCUUCCUGCUGGGAUGGAUGCCUGGACACCGGAAGAUCAACCGCUACAGUAAACAGUUGACCAAGCUGGUUCUCCGCAAACUGAAACUAUAACCAGAGUCAAAGACUUUUAGAGAACUGAGCGUGUGGCUGGAAGGUGACUGCAUCUGGAAAUCUGUAUUUGGAAAAAUGAAUCAGUUGCAAAUACCUGUGUAUAGUGAAGCAUGCUCAAUAAAAAAAACAUUUCUGGAUAAAUAAAAGUUUAAAAAAAGUUAAAGUUAAAAA